AUGGAGCAUACUAUUACCGUCACUACGGUCCAAAGAACCAAGGCUGCAUCAAACCAUCACAUCCAGCCGAGUACGCAGGACAAGAUUGGCUCCCCAGUGGUGUCUCAAGCCAGCCAUGACUACUCUCCGCCCCCAUCAAAUAUUCCGGAGACACCUAUACCAUUGUGCAAACUGGAACUUCAGUCUUUGCCUGUUAACGUUCGGACCAUUGCCAAUCCCGCUCCCCUAGGUCUAUGUGCAUCGUUCUUCUCGAAUUGUGUCGCCCUCAUUGUGGGAGGUAUGAAAGUAGCAGGGGUCAGUAUGUCCUUGGCUUUGAGUUCUGGUGGUAUAGCGCAGGUGUUGGCUGGCAUGUGGGAAAUGGCGACUGGGAAUACUUUUGGCGCGACGACCUUUUGUUCUUUCGGUGCCUAUUGGAUAUCAUUUUCUCUGAUCUCGACUUUCGACGAUACCGAUGUUACAAGAAGUAUGGUAGAUCCAAUAUGUCAGAACGAGCUCUUAAUGGGCCUGUUCAUGCUGGGCUGGUGCAUCUUCACUACACUGAUGCUCUUGUGCACUCUCAAAUCUAAUCUUGCGAUGUUCUCUCUGUACUUUUUCAUGGACAUGAACUACCUUCUACUCGGCAUUGCGCACAUUCAAUGCAACUCUCAUGGCGAGAUUCCGGUUGCACUUGAGAGGACAGGCGGUAUUUUUGGUAUUUUGGCAGCGUCUUCGGCUUGGUAUAAUACCUUUGCGGCUAUUUCUGAUAUCAAUAACAGUUUUCUAAUAGUUCCCGUUGGUCAUUUCCCUUGGUCUACGGCUGCACAUCUUCGUCGGGUUAAGGCUAAAGAGGUGUGA